CAAAUGUCUAACUUCGUUGGUUAUAAUUUUAGUAAAUCCAUUUAAGAAUACAAGAAAAAUAAAAAAGAGAGUAACACAUAGUCAAAGCUCCUCUGUUUUAGCUGUCCUCUGUCUCGUUCUCAUCUCUCACAUGAACCAUAACUUUCUCUAACAUCACUCUCCUUUACACAACCCCAAAAAUAGACCUCACCUCUCUCGUCUUCUCUAUUCUCUCCGCUCCUUAAUUUCCAAUUCCAACCUUCUCUGUUUUGCCUUGAUGGAAAAGAUAGCUCCGGAGCUCUUCCUCGUCGCCGGUAACCCGGACUCUUUCGUCGUCGACGACCUCCUCGACUUCUCUAACGACGACGGCGAAGUUGACGACGGCUUAAACACUCUUCCCGAUUCUUCAACACUCUCCACCGGCACUCUCACCGACAGUUCCAACUCCUCCUCGCUUUUCACCGACGGCACUGGCUUCUCCGACCUAUAUAUUCCGAAUGACGAUAUAGCAGAAUUAGAAUGGUUAUCAAAUUUUGUGGAAGAAUCAUUCGCAGGAGAAGACCAAGACAAGCUUCACUUAUUUUCCGGUUUAAAAAACCCUCAAACCACCGGGUCGACCCUGACCCACUUAAUUAAACCCGAACCCGAACUUGAUCAUCAAUUCAUCGACAUCGAUGAAUCCAACGUCGCCGUUCCUGCCAAGGCCAGAAGCAAGAGAUCACGUUCUGCAGCCUCCACGUGGGCUUCCCGUCUUUUAUCCUUAGCCGAUUCCGACGAAACCAAUCCCAAGAAGAAACAACGAAGAGUGAAAGAACAAGACUUCGCCGGAGAUAUGGACGUGGAUUGCGGAGAAAGCGGAGGAGGACGACGUUGUUUGCACUGCGCGACGGAGAAGACGCCGCAAUGGAGGACGGGACCUAUGGGUCCGAAGACGCUUUGUAACGCUUGCGGAGUGAGGUACAAAUCAGGGAGGCUCGUGCCGGAGUAUAGACCGGCGUCGAGUCCGACGUUCGUGAUGGCGAGGCACUCGAACUCUCACCGGAAAGUGAUGGAGCUCCGGCGACAGAAGGAGAUGAGAGACGAGCAUUUGCUGAGUCAGCUUAGGUGUGAGAAUCUACUGAUGGAUAUCAGAUCCAACGGUGAAGAUUUCUUAAUGCAUAAUAAUACUAACCACGUGGCUCCUGAUUUUAGACACUUAAUCUAGUUUUCUAUUUCCACGUGGAUAAUUUCGCAAUAAUUUGUUCGUUUCGUUUAGCUUUAUUUUUUUUUUUUUCCUUUUUAACAUUUGUUUUUCAUUUUCUGCAGACUACUUCUAGUACUAUUGAUAUAUUUGAUAGCUUUUGUUUUUGCUCUUCGACUUCCCGAAAUUUUAAUUAGAAAGUUUAUAAAAUAAGAGAAAUAUGGUAGAAAUAAAGG